AUGACGAUAACAGCCCAGCAAUGGACUUCUCUGCCAUCAGAAUUCCGCCGUCUAGGAUCAUCUGAGCAUUCACAGAACCAAAAACGUGGCCGGCCUCUUGAAUCCUUUCUUGAAGGUCCACUGUUUGUUCCCACACUUUCUCUUCUCUUCGUCGUCGACAUCCUAUAUGGCCGCAUAUUCUCCAUCGAUCCUAACACGACCGCCUGGUCCCUCAUCAUCGAAUAUGACGGUGAACCGAAUGGACUUGCCUGGAACCCCAUAACUCGGACUAUCAUCAUCGCAGAUUUCAAGCAAGGCAUCUUGUCUCUCGACCCACAGACCAAGUCUCUUACGACUCUCGUCUCCUGCCAUCAUGGAGAACGACUGAAGGGACCCAAUGACCUGAUCGUCACCACCGACAGCACAAUCUUCUUCACCGACCAAGGAAUGACGGGCCUGCAUGACCCAUCAGGCCAUGUGUACCGACUUGACCCUGACGAUCUGUUAGAUAUGAUCCUCGCAAAUGGCCCCUCACCCAAUGACCUCAUUCUCAACCGCGAUCGCUCCGCGCUGUUCGUAGCCAUGACGCGCGACAACUCGGUUUGGCACAUCCCCUUCUACCCGGACGGAUCCGUGCAGCGAGUUGAUCGGGUUUCGAGCUACUUUGGCAUUGGUGGACCAGAUGGGAUGACGCUGGAUGAGGAGGGAAACGUAUUUGUCGCGCAUUCGACGCCGGGGACGGGAACGAUAAAUUUGACGUGGGGAGGAGAGGAUUCAAAUGUGUUGUAUAUAGUGGAGAGUGAGACUGGGUCGAUUUUGAUGGUCAAAUGGCACUGUUCAGGAUGGUUGGCUACAAGACAGUCGAUUUAA